ACAUACGAAUAUAUAAUGAGAACGUAGAUCGAUUUUUAAAGGCCGUUCGUAAUUAUAACAUUCGCCGCUAGAGCGCGCGAAUAAUCGCGACAGAUCGAAAAGCGCGGGCGCGAUAAAAAGAUACGAACGAAGGAUAUUAAUUAACAGUGAAAUUCUUUAAAAUAGAAAUAAAGAAAACGAGAUUAAACGAGAAAAAUUUAAUUACGUAAAUAGAAUAAUUAAGAAACAAAGAAAACAAAAAAGAAAAAAUAAAAUCUCUCUGUUUUAAUCCAUUUAAAGAUUUAAGACGAAUGUUAUUCUUUCACUUGGAUUAAGAAAUCAUUUAUUAUAUUAGAAAAGGAAGAAAAGAUUCUCCCUCUCUCUCUCUCUCUCUCUCUCUCUCUCUUUCUCGAAGUAUGUGCUGCGUAGGAGAUGCGCAGCGGGUUGACGGUGCUUAGAGAAUAUUGGAGGGAAAGGAAGGGAAGAGGAGGAGGAGGAGGAGGAGGAGGAGGAGGAGAAGGAAUAGGAGGAGGACAGUAGGGAGGGCGUCAGUCGUUCCCGCGGUAAACGGGAGUGAAUCGCGUCUCGAACUCGGAUUGAUCAUGUAGUUGGAAUCAAGACACGGUCUACGUGUUACACGCGGGUCACGUCGCGUCGCGUCUUACAUCUCCUUUUUCUUUUUUCUCUCUCUCUCAAUCAUUCUCUUUCUCUCUUUCUCUCUCUCUCUCACUCACUAUAUAUAUAUAUAUAUAUCUUUCCGUCUCUGUCUCUCUGUCUCCGUUGGUACGAUCGCGAAUGCGACGAAUGACGUCGGAGAGGUAUCGAAGGAGGAGGAGAUGGGCGAGGCUCGUUCACGUAUUCGGCUCGAUCGAAGGAAACUCGAGGAGAGCUUGCGGCCGUUUCUUAGUGCGAGCCUCGUUCGGUCCUCCGUUUUGACCAUGGAAGAGUCAGGUGGGGAGAAUACGACAGAGUCUGAACUCGAUGAACGAAUGGGGAAGGGACGUAAGAGAACCGUUGAUGUCGGUAAGAAGGGAAACCGAACAACCACCACCACCAUCACCACCACUACCAUCAUCGUGACCACCUCCACCAUCACCACCUCCUCCACCACCAACACCACCACCACCACCACCACCACCACCUCUCUUCGCGACGACUCGAACGAGAAUGAGUCGUUCAAACAACUGGAGUUCUCUUUAACGGAAUCCCUUUCUUCGGGGACUAUACGUUCUCUCAAUGCGGAGGGAGAAAGCCCUCGUUCUUCUAGAUUCUACGACGUUACAUCCUCAAACUUAAACGAGGAAAUGCUUCCGGGUGCGAGGAAAGAUUUCACUUCGAUAACCAAUGACAUUAAUUGCGAGCCAAAGAGAUACGUUGAUUGCACGGUGUUAGGUGGUGGUAGCAAUGGUGGAGACGCUGAAGAUUCUUCAUAUGACAGUGAUUACGAAGCUGAAGAUUCAACGAGCGUUCAUCCGCCAUUGGAAUCACGGCUCUCGUCUUCCACGCAUUCGGACGUGUCCCGUACUGCUUCGGAUACCUUGGCAGCGGAAUUUGCUGAGUAUGUUACCGUUCAGGGACAGUCCCCAACGCAAAGUCCAGGGUAUACGGCCAGAGUUGAAUUCGCAUUGAAGCUUGGAUAUACCGAACGUUUGGUACAAGCAGCUCUUCAAAAAUUAGGACCGGAUCCUGGUCAAAAUGAGUUAUUGGCCGAAUUGAUAAAGCUCGGUGCAAGUUGUUCGCCAAAAUUAAGCGAAAGCCCGGAAGAAUGCGAUGCUAUUUUAGAUGGGGAGACCAGUACAGAAGAACUUGGUAGAUCGAAUCUAACGACAACUACUGUUACAUGUUUGAGGCCUGUUGUAAUCGACGGUAGUAACGUCGCUAUGAGCCAUGGAAAUAAAGAAAUAUUUUCAUGUCGUGGUAUUAAAAUCUGCGUCGAUUGGUUCAAAGCUAGAGGACAUCGAGAGAUCACUGUUUUUGUACCAAAGUGGCGUAAGGAAGCAUCUAGGCCUGAUAAUCCAAUAGCCGAUCAAGAAAUUCUAGGUGAACUCGAGAGAGAUCGAUUACUCGUUUUCACUCCAUCCAGACUAGUCGGAGGUAAACGUAUGGUCUGUUACGACGAUCGUUAUAUUCUGAGGUUGGCCGCUGAAGUCGAUGGUAUCGUUGUUAGUAACGAUAAUUACAGAGAUUUGGCACAAGAAAAUCCAGAAUUUCGAAGAGUCGUCGAAGAGAGAAUUUUGAUGUACAGUUUUGUAAACGAUCGAUUUAUGCCACCUGAUGAUCCGCUUGGUAGAAGUGGACCUACUUUAGAAAAUUUCUUAAGAAUUGGACCGAAAAAAACUGAUCCAGCACCGCCAUGUCCAUAUGCGAAGAAAUGUACGUAUGGAAACAAAUGCAAAUUUCGUCAUCCAGAAAGAGGUCCGCAUCCUCAUAAAUCUGUAACAGAACGUUUGGUGGAACAUGCCCAACGACAUCUUCAAGCUAGAGGUCCGAGUUUAAGUUUACCUUUAAAUUCUACAACAGCGGCGAGUACUACGAAUGUUACCGUGCAACAACAUCAACCCCUUUGUAAAGCAAGAUCAGCUGCUAUAUCAUCUAAUGUUUCUCAAUCGUUAGCAUCCGUCCCUAAAAGUAGAUCCGUUGAAAAUGUCACUACGGAUUUGUCAACGACUAGUCCAAUCGUAUACGCGCAACAGAUUUCUGCUGUACAAAAUAUGCAAGGAUACGUAUCUCCUCCAGGUAAUUGGCCAACACCUAGAGUUAAUAGCUCGGAUACAGAGCCAGUGAAUAUGCAUAGAAAAUUACAACGGCAAUUAACCUUAAAUCCGGCAUGCGAUCCACGUAUUUAUCAAUUGAGAAGAUAUCAACAGCACACAGCGCAAUCUUCGACGCAACAGCAACAACAACAACAGCAACAACAACAACAACAACAGCAAAAACAACAGCAACAGCAACAUUCACAGCAAUCUAUAAUUGGUGGUCAUCCAACGAUCCAACAGCAUAGGCCACUUACAAGACAUGCUAGUAAUGAGUCUCCUUAUUCAGUACCUAUAAGUUGGGAUCAUCCUGAAGGACUUCAUCAACAUGUAACACGUAUUGCUUCGGCACCAGAUUCUUACCGAGCUUGGCCUCCUCGUAGUACGAAUCUAAUUGCACCUUCACGAGUAUCUAGAUUAGGCACAUCUGAUCCACAAUUAAAUUUGUUGCCCUCACCAUCAUCAGCCGCAACAAAUUUACACGGAGCUACUUGGAAUACACAAACCCAAGAUGCACGACGUCGUUUACAUUAUCAUCUUGCAAAUAUCUUCCCCGAGGAACAGGUACAAGCAGCGAUGGCAAUGAAUCCUCAUGAAACUGAUCCCCAACAAAUAUGUGCCACGAUUUUAGCAAUGUUUCCCAAAAAUUAGUAUGAGCUAAAACUUCGCCAAUUCUCCGACUAAACCAAACAGAACAUACACGUGUACGAAUCUAGAAGAAACAACUUCAAAUAAUUAUUUGCAACGUAUAAAUUUAGUGCUUAAAGCGUUCGAAUAUUGACUAAUGAUAUUUCUAUAAUAAAUAUUAUAAUUGUUUAACAAUAUUGCACUUCAAUUGUUGAAAACAAAUUUUCUCGAGUACCAGUCAACACUAUGAAAAUACCCACGAACAUUCUUC